GUAUUCCGCGCGUCGUCGUACGGUGUAGUAGUUUUGUUUUUGUUUUCCUUCGGUGAUCUUUUUUCUAUCGAAGCGCGACGAACUUCGUUCUUGUCCGAGAAAGACAAAGGAUGUGAGAUGAGAUUGUGAAAGAAAGAAAACAAAAAAAAAAAAAAAGUGACAAAAGAAUAUUAAGAAGAAAGGGUGAAAGGUUUAAAAAAGGAAUCAUAUAAACGACAAUCGAUAAUUGUUGCUUUUGAAAAAGGGUAAAGUUUUUUUACGAAGGGUGUUGUAUCCUUGCAGAUAUCGUGAUAUCGAAGGGUGGAUCUCUGUAAGCAUAUAAAAAUCCGCUCAAUUCGUAAAAUCUCGAAAAUCUGAAGAAGGAUCGAGCUUGUAGAAAGAAGGAAAAGAAAGAAGAAAAAAAAAAAAAGAAAGAAAAACAAAAGGAUGAUCUAUUAUCAAGAUUACGAUAUAAAUAAUAUUAUUUAUCAAGAAUGCGAUUAGAGAAAGAAAAAAGAAGAGAAGAAGAAGUAGAAGUAGAAGAAGAAGAAGAAGGAGAAGAAGAAGAAGAAGAAGGAGAGAUAAAAGGAGAAGAAGAUAAUCGAGUUACGUUGGGAACGCGUGGAUCAUCGGAUCGUGCGGAAGUGCCUCUUGGGAGGGUAAAUAUCUCUUAUACGUUAUAAAGGACAACAACCUAGGGGAUAUAGAGCGCGAUUUGAAGUUGGGUAAACUUUUCUUACUCGAAGAUAUUUGCUUUGAGAUUAUAUAUAAAAAAAAGAAAAGAUAAAAAGACAGAAAGAAGGAGGAAAGAAAAAGUGCGAGUAUCACGAAGAUAUUACGUCUUUUGUUCGACGUAACGGUGAGUUGCAAAAACAAAAAUGCGAUAAAAAUCGAAGGGAGAUUAGAAAAACGAAAGAGAGAUCCAAAAGAGAAAAGAAGAAGAAGAAGAAGAAGAAGAAGGAAAAGAAAAAAGAAGAAAGAAAAAUCAUUUUCAGAAGGAUUAUUUUCUUCUUCGUACGAUCGAUCUCAAAAAGGAAUAUAUAUUUAACCGAUAAAAUGGCGGAAGAAACGUUUCGUCGUAAAACUCGAUCGGCCUCGAUUUGUGCCCCUGGUUUUUCCAGUAUGGAACAAAUGUUAGGUACCAUACCACCUUCCGGAGCAAAGGAAAGGGACAAGAGCGAUCGUGAAAGAGACAGUGGUAGCGGUACUCCUGAUAGUAAUACACCAACGAGAAGACGAAGACCAGCGACGAGAUCUCAAAGCGCCAGAGUUUCCGGAGCGAGUAAGAGCAUUCGACGCAGGGCGGCACAAGCCGCCGAUCAUCAUCAUCUUCAUCAUCACGAGGGUACUGUUAAAUCUCCUCAUUGCAGUAGCGAACCCAAAUUAACGAACGCCGAUGUCAGUCCAGCAUGUAGAAGAAGGGGUAGCAGAAGAGGUCAGAGUAUGCAUCAUGCUCAACAAAAGAAGAGCAAUGACUUUCUUGACGUUCCGGUAACGUCUAUGCAAUUAUCACCGAGAGAAGGAGAGGAUGAGGAUAGUUAUAGACUUCGAAGCUUUAGUCUCACGAGAAAGGGUCUCGUCAACAGAGGAGACUCUUUCAAACGAAGAAGAUCACGAUCAAAUUCUUUGGCACCUGCGGAACAAGAAACUGAAGAAACGAAUUCCUUGCCACCGAAGGAGGUCAUAUCGUAUAACGUAGCCAUUUUAGGUGCAAGGAGAGUUGGAAAGACAGGCUUGAUUGGCCAAUUCAUGACGAGUGAAUGUAUCAAUGCCUAUGACAGGCAAAGAGAUAUGCCGAGCGAACAAUCCGUUUUUGUGAAACUUGAUGGAGAAGAAAGCGAAUUGAUAUUUUUAAAUAUCCCCAAUCCAAAGACGGAAUUAGAGAAGAUACCACCUCCAGAUGCUUUCGUAGUGAUGUAUUCGGUAAUCGACAAGGCAUCCUUUCAAAGGGCAGAACAAUAUUUGGCUUACCUACGUGAUCAGGACCUCGGUAAACCAGUCAUUUUAGUGGGCAAUAAGGUUGACCUAGCUCGUUCUCGAGUCGUUCCAUAUUCAGACGGCAAGGAUAAGGCAUGUAGAUAUCGUGCGAAGUUCAUCGAGGUGUCGGUUGGUAUAAAACACAACGUCGACGAAUUAUUGGUCGGAAUAUUGAAACAAAUACGGCUAAAAAUUGAUCAAGGCCAAUUGGAAAAUCAAAGUGGUGGUAAUACGGCGAGCGAGGGAGGCGGUCAUUGGUACAAUAAGUCUGGAGUUGUGGUACGAGCUAGUAUGAAGGCUAAACAAAUGUUAAAUUCACUCUUCAGAAGAGAAGAUAGUAAAUUCAAGAACUGCGAAGAUCUUCACGUAUUGUAGAUCGGUAAAAGGAGGAAUAGACUUUAUUCGAGAUGGGGGAAGGAAGGGAAGGACGGGGGAAGAUGGGAGAACUGUCUCUCUGUUCUCUCGGUCGAUAUAAUAUUAAACAUGUUGCAUAAUAUUUUACAACAAGAGCGUUACAAAGGAAUAUAAAGAACGCUGUUGCGAGUAAAGGAUACAGAAAAGGAAAAAGAGGAAAAAGAAAAAUAAUAUAUCGCUGAUAACAACCAAAAGAGAUACAUUUUUAUAUUAUUAUUAUAUCAAGCGGCGAUAUCCAAGUGCCAAUCUAAUUAAUUUCAAAUUAGCGUUUUUUUUUUGUUGAUUUUUUCUUCUUGAUCAAACGAGAAUCACGAUUACUCUCUCUUUCUCUCUCUCUUUCUCUCUCUCUCUCUCUCUCUCUCUCUCUCUCUAUCUUUCCCUCUCUUUCGCGAGAAAUUAAUUUUGUUGAUUAAACUAAUCAUUUCGCGAGCAUUAUCUGACGUUAAAUAUGAAAAUAAUCUUCUGGUUAAUCACUAUCAACGUGUUCCGUGUUUAUUAUAUAUGUAUAUACAUAUAUAUUCUAUACAUAUAUACACACAUAUAUAUAUAUGUAUAUAGAUAUAUAUAUAUAUAUAAUUAAGAAUUUUUUAGGAUAUAAGCUGCAUUACGAAACGUAGUUUUUCUCGUUCGAAGAUUUCGAUCUUCAAUGAUAAAACUAACGAUUCAGUAUCGACCAAAAAAAAAUAAAUGAAUAAAUAAAUAAAUAAAUAAAUAAAUAAAUAUAUGGAUCAAAUUGAUAUAAGGACGGAUAUAUAUGGAAAAGUCAGAAGUUGGACCAGGGCAUACAAUUAGCGAGCCACAUAAAUUUACAUAGCUUCCUAUACAAUACGAUAUCGAAUAAAUUUUUUUUUUUAAGUAGUAAAUAUUAUAUAUAUAUAUAUAUAUAUAUAUAAUGUUUCUAUUAAAAGAUGCGAAUGCUGUUAUGUUGAAAGUAUAUAUUUCAAAAUAUCGUGUUGCUGUUCUUUCAUAUUCUUUGUAAUAUGAGCAAGACCGUAUAAAAACGAUUUGUAUUUGCAACUUUAAUACUUCUUGGAUUUGAGCAAAAUUGACUCUUGUGUAAUAUAUAUAAUGUGUGUGUGUGUGUGUGUGUGUGUGUGUGUGUAUGUAUCUAUGUAUGUAUAUAUACACACAAGGCAGGGCAAUAACUUCGAUCAUCUUAAAUCUCUCAGUUUCUUUCUGCUUAUCCUGUAUUUCAAUUUACUACGACUUCUAUUUCUGGAGAUAUUCCCGUGCAACUGAAAAACUUGGUUAUUAAAAAUGUAAAAAAACAAUUGUUUUUUCUUUUCGAUAAAAAAAAUAAAUUGUCUAUUAAAUAUUUAUUAAUUAAUGUAAUUUUAUAAAAGCAAUCGCAACACAAAUUUAUUUUUUGGCAAUGUAAGAUGAAUUUUGUUGGUAAGAAUUUGUUUAUCAAAAUUGCUUAUAACAAAUUGUUAAUUAAUUGUUAACGAUAUACUUAAAAAAAAGUAGAUAAAAUCGUGCCCUUUGAAAUAAUAUUUGAUUCAAAUAUAUACGACUUUUAGUUCCGAAGAUAUUCCCAAUACAAUUGAAAAACUUUGUCAUUAAAAAUGUAAAAAAGAAAUAUUGUUUCCUUGAUAGAAAAAAGAAAUUGUUUAUUAAAUAUUCGUUAAUUAAUAUAAUUUUAUAAAAUCAAUCGUAAUAUAAAUUUAUUUUUUGCCAAAAUAAGACAAAUUACGUUCGUAAGAAUUUGUUAUGGAAAUUGUUUAUAACAAAUUGUUAAUUAAUUAUUAAAAAUAUUGUUAAAAAAUAGAGAAAAUCCUACCGUUUAAAAUGGCGUUUGAUUCAAAUCUCUAUGUCUUUUAGUUUCGGAGAUAUUUCCAUAUAAGUGAAAGUCGUUUAGAUUAACCUACUGACCUAUAUAAUUUCAUUCAAGUUGGCUCGGUGACACACUAACCUAUAUAAAUUCCGAGAAUUUACGCGGCCCUACUAUACUACUACUAUUAUUACUACGAUCAGCUGUACUAUACGAAUUAUGAAUGAAAACUUUCGAAGGCGAUAUCUUCGGAACAAAAAAUCGUAGAAACAUGAUACAAAGACCGUUUUCAAGCGUAACUUAUGCUUUAUUUAUUUAAAUAUUGCAAUAAUAUCGUUAUAAUAAAAUCAAUUUUGCCAAUAAUUUUUCUAAAUUAAAUUUUUUUCCUUUCUUUCGUAAUUGUAAAAUAUCUUCUAAACUAAUAAUUUUUCUGCAUACUUAGGUUAAUACUUUUUUAUAAAGAAUGUCAAGUUACAUUGACCAGUGUGAUUAAAAACAUACAAUCCCAUUUAAAAAAAUUUAGUUGACCUUCGCAAAUCCUUUAAGCGUCUACCUACAAAAGAAAUUAUUACUUUAACAGAAAAAUUAGUUACGUCCUUUAUAUCUUUAAAAAGAAGGGAUAUAUUGAAGGUUAUCAAAGUUCUUGUUCCACCCUGUACACAUACACACACGCGUACAUAUACAUAUAUAUAUAAUAUAUGUAUUUUAUUUAUGUUUUUAUAUCAUGAGGUGAUAUUUUUUAUUGUUCCUGUAGUUAAAAACAAAACAGAAGUCAAAGAAAACAUUAAUAAUAAUAAUAUUAACAAUAAUAAUAAUAACAACAAUAAUAAUAUUAAUAAUAAUAAUAAUAAUAAUAAUAAUAAUAAUAAUAAUAAUAAUAAUAAUCGUGUCACACAUUAUUUGUCGAAUGUGUUUAUCUAGUCAUAAGUAUAUUGAGGAGAUCGGUGCUAAAAAAAAGAAAAAAAAAAAAAAAAUAGAUCAGAAAGCAAAGAAGAAUUGCAUCUGUUAUCUCUAUCUGUCUGAUCGCAUAAAACUAUCGUAAAACCUUUUUCAUCUCUCUAUACGUCGGAUUUGAUCGUAUUAAGAGAGGCAAAUGAUCUAUCGCAUUAGUCGUGUGUUUUGCAUGAUUAGAAAAAAAGAAAGAAUGAUUGAGAGGGAGAACCUAUUAUCGAUGAACAAAUAAAAUAAAACAGAAAUAAAUAAUUAAAUAAACAAAAAAGUAAUCAUAAUAAUAAUAAUAAUAAAAAAAAACAAAAAACACUAAAAAAAAAAAAAAGAAAAAAACUAAAAAUUCUUAUCAAGUGCCUUUAUGUAUUUUUGUAAUCUAAGAUAAUUCUAAGUGAUCCCACAGGAAAUAUAUUGCAAGGGUAUAAACAUAAUUAAAAUUUGUAUAUUUUAUUAAUGUUGAUUCUAUACUCUUGGUUGGUCUUCAAAUUAAACCCGUUAUCGUAAUAGCAUGAUCCUAUAUUAUUUACGGACAUGUAAUGGUACGUAAUAAAUUUUAAAAUAAGAUUUCACGAACCUCUAGAGUCCGUUUAAUGUUGGAAUCUAAAGAUAUCCACAUUAUACAUCUUAAUGCGUCUCUUAUAUACGAUUGUUCAUGUAAACUUACAGGAAUAUACGUAUACGCAUAUAUAAAAUCGUCGAAUAAAGGUCACCACAUCAAA